AUGAAUAUAAAUUACGACGAACCGAUUUCGCCACCUGUCCCUGUUCUCAUAGGUAACGACAUUUUCAGACUUUACGAAGGAAGUAGCAAUCAGGUAUACCUCGUUCUUACCACAAAAGAUUGGGGAGUCGAGGUCCAAUAUACCAAGGAGCAAAUCUUUAACUCACUGAGACCGCUUUCCUAUGACAACGAGUCGCACGAAGUUCAUAUCAAUGAGACCAAUAUAAUAAUCACGUUGGAAAGACAUCAUCUAGAAGAACUAGAAUCGGAAGAGCCCUGGAAGCUGUUUCACAUGGCGGGCAAUUACCCGGAAACCGCCGCUUUGUACUACGACGACGGGGCACCUAUCAUAAUUGGAACCGAUGGAAUGAAUGGAGCUCAAAAUAGCAAUAAAUUAUUAUUUCAGGAUUUGUCGAUGGUUGUGUCCAAAGUUAGGAAGGGGAAGCCAGUCGUGAGAAUGAUAUCGAAAUGA